AUGGAAAACCACAUCGAAAGACGUAGUGAUGAGCAUGAUAGUUUGAUUGUAGUAAAAGAUGACAACAAGAGCACAGAAAUUGUUGAAGCAUUGGAGAAGUCCAUGAGCACCAUGCUACGCAGUGAUUCACCCUUGUCUGCUAAAUGCUGCAUCUUCAGAGUUCCUGAGGUGCUGAGGAGACAUAAACCAGAGGCCUAUCAACCUGAUGUUGUUUCAAUAGGACCUUUUCAUCGAGGUGGAAAACAAUUUCAGCUUAUGGAAGAGGUGAAACAGUGGUAUUUACAGAACCUUCUCUCGCGUCUGAAUAUAAGUUUGAAAACUUUGAUCCAAGGCAUUGAUAAUGUUGUCGAAUUUGAAAAACGUGCACGUAGAUUUUAUGCACAACCACUUGAUCAUAUUAGCCAGAAUGAAUUCAUAGAAAUGAUGAUACUUGAUGCAUGUUUUCUCAUAGAACUAUUUCGUAAGCUUUGCUUCCCGGAUAAUAAGCUUUCUGUUACAGGAAGUGUUCAAGAAACAGAUACCGGCAAUGACCCUAUACUGAACAUGGAUUGCAUGCUCCAAUAUUUAUGCCAUGAUCUUUUGCUACUAGAAAAUCAGAUACCUUGGUUUGUUCUUGAGUGUUUUUGUAAUCUUACCGCACACAAUUCUCCCUACCCUUGCCUCACCAUACUAGUGCUCAACUUUUUCAGCUUAGAAGCAUCACUGGCCAGUAAUUUUAAGUAUUAUUCCGAGCAAAAUUCUAGAUACAAAAUCUUACACAUACUUGAUCUAAUCAGAACUGCAAUAGUUGUCCCAACCAGAGUCUUUUGGUCUAGUCACAUUACAUCAGAGUCAAAAUUGCUUCCUGCGAACAAUCUCUCGGAGGCUGGCAUUGAAUUUAGAACGAGGGGUGCUGCUGAAAGCAUAAUGAGCAUAGAUUUCAGAGAUGGCACUUUCAUGAUUCCGCAACUAGCAAUCGGAGAGCUGACUGAACCAUUGUUCCGGAACCUCAUUGCCUUUGAACAAUGUUAUCAUGGCCGCUCACAUAAGAUCACAUCUUAUGCCCUGUUGAUGAAUUACCUCAUCAGCUCCAGCAAGGACAUGGAUUUCCUUUGUAACAAAGGAAUAAUGGUUAAUUGGUUGAACUCUGAAGAUGCUUCCCAAUUUUUCAGCAAGCUUUACAAUGACACUGUUCUCAAGCAUUUCUACUAUGGUAGACUCUGUGCUGAAGUGAAUAGGUAUCACAAAAUUACCUGGAACAAGUGGCUGGAGAAAUUGAAGCGUGAUUAUUUAUGUAAUCCAUGGAAAAUUAUAUCUUUGGUUGCAGCCUUCAUCCUUCUGGUUCUCACCCUACUGCAGACCACAUACACCAUUUUUCAAUACUAUCAUCCUCGAUCAAAUUGA